AUGGACCUGGACGCCGAGGAGAAGCGCCACCGCACGCGGUCCAAGGGGGUUCGAGUUCCCGUGGAGCCAGCCAUACAAGAGCUGUUCAGCUGCCCUACUCCUGGCUGUGAUGGCAGUGGACACGUCAGUGGCAAAUAUGCACGACACAGAAGCGUGUAUGGCUGUCCCUUAGCCAAGAAAAGGAAAAGCCAAGAUAAGCAGCCCCAGGAGCCGGCUCCCAAGCGCAAACCACUCACGGUGAAGGCAGACAGCUCCUCGGUGGACGAAUGCUACGAGAGCGACGUCUCUGAAGACAUGGACGAGAAGGAGGAGGAGGAGGAGGAAGAGGAGGAAGAGGAGGAGGAGGAGUUCUCGGAGGACAACGAUGAUGAGCAAGGGGAUGAAGAUGACGAGGAUGAGGAGGUGGACCGAGAGGAGGAGGAGGACGAGGACGAGGAGGAGGAGGAGGAGGAGGAGAUUGAUGAGGAAGAUGAUGAUGACGAUGAUGAAGAUGGAGAUGAUGUGGAGGAGGAAGAGGAGGAGGAGGAGGAAGAGGAAGAGGAAGAAGAGGAAGAGGAAGAAGAAGAAAAUGAUGAGCAUCCGGUGAGCUGUCACAGCUCUCGCGUCGGGCAGGACCCAGAGAAGGACGACAACAACAAUGACGAGUACGAGAACUACGACGAGCUGGUGGCCAAGUCCCUGCUGAACCUGGGCAAGAUCGCCGAGGACGCGGCGCACCGGGCCAGGACCGAGUCGGAGAUGAACAGCAGCACCUCCAACAGCCUGGAGGGCGACAGCGACAAGAACGACAGCCUGGGGCGGAAGGGCGAGCUGAGCCUGGACCUGGACAGCGACGUGGUGCGGGAGACCGUGGACUCGCUGAAGCUGCUGGCCCAGGGCCACGGGGUGGUGCUCUCGGAAAACCUGGGCGAGCGGAGCUACGCGGACGGUGCGGCCCCGCAGGACGGCAGGAAUCUGAACUACGUCAUGCUGGGGAAGCCCAUGAGCAACGGGCUGAUGGAGAAGAUGGUGGAGGAGAGCGACGAGGAGGUGUGUCUGAGCAGCCUGGAGUGCCUGCGGAAUCAGUGCUUCGACCUGGCCAGGAAGCUCAGCGAGACCAACCCGCAGGACCGGAGCCAGCCGGCCGGCGCCGGCCUGCGCCAGCACGGGCGGCCCGAGGAGGACUUCCCGGGGAGGACGCCGGACCGCAGCUACUCGGACAUGAUGAACCUCAUGCGGCUGGAGGAGCAGCUCAGCCCCCGGUCUAGAACGUUCUCCAGCUGUGCGAAGGAGGACGGGUGUCCGGACAGGGAGGAUGAUGCGGCCUCCGUGAACUCCGACCGGUCUGAGGAGGUGUUUGACAUGACCAAGGGCAAUCUGACCCUGCUGGAGAAGGCCAUCGCCCUGGAAACGGAGCGGGCCAAGGCCAUGCGGGAGAAGAUGGCCCUGGACGCCGGGCGGAGGGACGCCAUGAGACCCUUUGAGGACCAGUCUCCACGCCAGCCGUCUGGGGAGGACAGGAGGCCCAAGUCCAGUGACAGUCAUGUCAAAAAGCCAUACUAUGGUAAAGAUCCCUCAAGAACAGAAAAGAAAGAGAGCAAGUGUCCAACCCCCGGCUGUGAUGGAACCGGCCAUGUAACUGGGCUUUAUCCGCAUCACCGCAGUCUAUCCGGAUGCCCGCACAAAGAUAGGGUCCCUCCAGAAAUUCUUGCCAUGCACGAAAAUGUUCUCAAGUGUCCCACUCCGGGCUGCACGGGGCGCGGUCAUGUGAAUAGCAACAGGAACUCUCACAGAAGCCUCUCUGGAUGCCCUAUUGCUGCGGCAGAGAAAUUGGCCAAGGCCCAGGAAAAGCACCAGAGCUGUGAGGUGUCCAAGUCCAACCAGGCCUCAGACCGCGUCCUCAGGCCCAUGUGCUUUGUGAAGCAGCUGGAGAUUCCUCAGUAUGGCUACAGAAACAAUGUCCCCACCACCACGCCCCGCUCCAACCUGGCCAAGGAGCUCGAGAAAUACUCCAAGACGUCAUUUGAAUACAACAGCUAUGACAACCAUACGUACGGCAAGCGGGCCAUAGCUCCCAAGGUGCAAACCAGGGACAUAUCCCCCAGAGGAUGCGAUGAUGCCAAGCGGUACUGCAAGAACGCCAGCCCCAGCAGCAGCACCACCAGCAGCUACGCGCCCAGCAGCAGCAGCAACCUGAGCUGCGGCGGUGGCAGCAGCGCCAGCAGCACAUGCAGCAAGAGCAGCUUCGACUACACGCACGACAUGGAGGCGGCGCACAUGGCGGCCACCGCCAUCCUCAACCUGUCCACGCGCUGCCGCGAGAUGCCGCAGAACCUGUCCACCAAGCCGCAGGACCUGUGCGCCACGCGGAACCCCGACAUGGAGGUGGACGAGAACGGUACCCUGGACCUCAGCAUGAACAAGCAGAGGCCGAGGGACAGCUGCUGCCCAGUCCUGACGCCCCUGGAGCCCAUGUCCCCGCAGCAGCAGGCCGUGAUGGGCAGCCGGUGCUUCCAGCUGAGCGAGGGCGACUGCUGGGACCUGCCGGUGGACUAUACCAAGAUGAAGCCCCGGCGGGUGGACGAGGACAACCCCAAGGACAUCACGAAGCAGAAUGUGGAGAAACAUCUGCCGAGUGAAGUCUUUGGUGGGGAUGGAAGCAAGGCGCCUGCCUGCCUGGUGCCUUUCUUCUUCAACUUACACUGCGUCUGCCCACCUGCUGCCCCUGACCCCCGGGCCCAAGAGCACCGGCAGCUCGGCUUCUGGCCACGCUUGCUCACACCGCCGACCGGGACCCGUCUGUCUGGCUGCCCACUGGCGGACAAAAGCAUCCGAAGCAUGCUGGCCACCAGCUCACAAGAACUCAAGUGCCCUACGCCUGGCUGCGAUGGCUCCGGACACAUCACUGGCAACUACGCUUCUCAUCGAAGCCUUUCAGGAUGCCCGAGGGCCAAGAAAAGUGGCAUUCGGAUAGCACAGAGCAAAGAAGACAAGGAAGACCAGGAGCCCAUCAGGUGUCCGGUGCCCGGCUGUGACGGGCAGGGCCACAUCACGGGCAAGUACGCGUCGCACCGCAGCGCCUCCGGCUGCCCGCUGGCCGCCAAGCGGCAGAAGGACGGGUACCUCAAUGGCUCACAGUUCUCCUGGAAGUCCGUGAAGACCGAGGGCAUGUCCUGCCCCACCCCGGGCUGCGACGGCUCUGGGCACGUCAGCGGGUCCUUCCUGACACACCGCAGCUUGUCGGGGUGUCCAAGGGCCACGUCAGCCAUGAAGAAGGCCAAGCUGUCUGGAGAGCAGAUGCUGACGAUCAAGCAGCGGGCCAGCAAUGAUCCACAUGAGGUGGCCUUCUCUCUAGAAGAGCACGAGUGGCAUCUGUCGGCGCUGAUCACCACCAUGGAGAGCAACCUGAAGACGAUCGAGGAGGAGAACAAGGUCAUCGAGCAGCAGAACGAGUCCCUCCUGCAUGAGCUGGCCAGCCUGAGCCAGUCCCUGAUCCACAGCCUGGCUAACAUCCAGCUCCCACACAUGGAUCCAAUCAAUGAACAAAAUUUUGAUGCUUACGUGACUACUUUGACGGAAAUGUAUACAAAUCAAGAUCGUUAUCAGAGUCCAGAAAAUAAAGCCCUACUGGAAAAUGUAAAGCAGGCUGUGAGAGGAAUUCAGGUGUGA